CUCUUCACUCUUUCCUUUUUGUCUACUGUUGAGUCCGUGAGAGAAAGUGGUGGAUUUUCAGGGAAGACGACUGAAAAUGUGGAGCUUUUCUUCAUUUCGUUGACUUGAGUUUCUUCAUCUCUUCAUCUGGGUUUGUGACAUUUUAGCGGAAAAUGAGGAAACAUGGAUGGCAACUUCCUUAUCACCCACUUCAGGUGGUGGCAGUUGCUGUGUUCUUGGCUCUAGGGUUUGCUUUCUAUGUGUUCUUUGCACCCUUUGUUGGCAAGAGGAUGUAUCAGUACAUCGUGAUGGGCGUUUACACUCUUCUGAUUACAUGUGUCUUUGGCCUAUACAUAUGGUGUGCGGCUUCAGAUCCUGCAGACCCGGGAGUUUUCCGGUCCAAGAAGUACGUAAAAGUUCCCGAAAACGGGAAGUUUGCCCGAGCAGACGAGAUGAAAGAUGGAAAUGCAGCUACAGGUGAUGGGAAUUCAUCUCCCAUAAGUCUGCUUUGCUCUCCUUUUGCACUGCUUUGUCAUUCUUGCAAUCGAAGGGAUGAAUCUUCUGAGCAGAAGAUGAGCGAGGAUGGAAUGUUUUAUUGCAGUUUGUGUGAAGUUGAGGUCUUCAAGUAUAGCAAACAUUGCAGAGUCUGUGACAAGUGUGUGGACUGUUUCGAUCAUCACUGCCGGUGGCUAAACAAUUGCAUCGGCAAGAGGAAUUACCGGCAAUUCUUCACUCUUAUGGUGUUUGCUGUCCUCUUGCUUAUCAUGCAAUGGACAACUGGGAUUCUCGUGCUUCUCUUAUGUUUUCUCCAAAGGAAGCAACUCUUUGCCGAUAUUUCGUUAAAGUUGGGCAGCAGCUUCUCGCUAGCCCCGUUUGUUAUCGUUGUUGCAAUAUGUACCAUACUAGCCAUGCUUGCAACGCUACCACUUGCUCAGCUUUUCUUCUUCCACAUUCUGCUCAUAAAGAAGGGAAUUAGUACGUAUGAUUACAUAGUUGCACUUAGGGAGCAAGAGCAAGAACAGGAAGGCGGUGGAGGAGGUCAACAGAGUCCUCAAAUGUCGAUGAUCAGCUCGUUCACUGGUCUAAGCAGUGCAAGCUCGUUUAACGCCUUCCACCGUGCAGCCUGGUGCACACCCCCGAGGUUAUUUCUCGAAGAUCAGUUUGACGUAGUUCCUCCAGAGAAUGCAUCUGUGCAUUCGUACGGGAAGAAGACAGCGGCGGUUGAAGAACCCGUCAAGAAGAAGAACCUGGCAGUAAAGAUCAGCCCAUGGACUCUAGCACGGCUCAAUGCUGAAGAGGUUUCGAAAGCAGCAGCGGAAGCAAGAAAGAAAUCCAAAAUACUUCAGCCCGUGGGGAUGAGACGGGAAAACCAAUUUGGCUUGGAAGCAAGCAACAGCUUUGGCAACAAUGGCAAGCGCAAACCAUCUAGAAGCCUACACCAACCAGCUGGAUUGCCCCAUGAGCCAUCGCUGAUGAAUAUCCGAGCAAAAGCUAUGGAAUCAUCAGCAGUUAGUUCAGCCUUUGCACCUCUUCAGCUUGAAGCAAGAAGCGCCUUUCAGACAAGCCGGGCAAUGUCAAGCUCUGGUCUUAUCGUAGCUUCUUCACCUGAUAGCAGUUUAGGCUCACCAGACAUUCACCCAUUUAGAGUUUCCUCUGGAGUCGAAGAUUCAACCCAAACCCAACUGACUGGAUUGUCUUCAACUCAUCUUGCUCUGAUGGGUCAACAGAGGGGACAGAUGAUGCCAUGGUCAAGGUCUACAAGCGAUGGCUAUGAAGCGUCUGGCGGGGAAGACAGCGAUCAGGUUCCUUCUAGAAGCAUCCAUAGGGUACGAUGAUGAUAUAUAACCGUAGUUUUCGCCUGAAAGGUUAAAAAUCUGUGAGCAUUCUUUUAAUUCAUGGCUGGUGCGGUCGAGAAAGCAAAACUCUGCGAAUCCUUUCUCGGAUUUCCUCUGUGGUUUACAGCUCCCGGAACUGAGAUUUAGCACCGGGAAGAAAGUGUGGAAAUUAGGUACCUCGAUUUGAUCUGAAGUACAGGGAAUCUGCACCAUCAUCUUGAGUUGCAUGCUGGUGAUUGACAAGAACUUUCCUUCUCGUUAUGUUUUGCUAAAGUUGUCGUGGGAAAAAAAAAAGCUUCAUUUUUUGUGUGAAAACGGUGAGUGGUGAAUCGCCCAUGGGUUUUUGCAUGGCCAAGCUUAUGGAUUAUGUAUCUUUCAAUAGAUUCGUUCCUCUUGAUUUUU